UUAUCGUGGCCUCGCUGUUCAUUUCCCCAAAAUGCCACGCUUCCCAAAGUCGACCGCCGCGGUGCCCCGGUACACAUCUUGAUUGUUUUGGGUAGCGGGGGCCAUACUGCAGAGAUGCUCUAUAUGCUCAACAAAGCAGCCUUUGACCCUAGCGUCUGGGCCUACCGAACCUAUGUUACGACCUCUGUGCCAAUAAGGCAGCUGAAUUUGAGGCCAAACUCGGGGGGAGGGCAAUAUGAUACCGUCGAGCAGCGAGAUCCUUCAGCCGACAAUCUUUCGAUCUUCGAGAGGAACCCAGCAGAGAAACAAAAUGCCAAGAACCUAGCGGACAAGAAGGGUUCCCCCAAAGACAACCCUCCUACCUCCGGCAAGUCGUUUCGAAUUCUCGAAGUACCUAGAGCUCGACGAGUCCAUCAGUCAUACUUGACAGCACCUUUUUCGACCCUCCACUGCCUUUGGGCUUGUCUCCUCAUUCUUUCCGGGCAAUUCCACGGCCAGGAGCCGCUUCCGUCCAACCAUGAGACCCCGUACCCUGAUAUAAUCAUCACGAAUGGACCCGCCGUCGCGGUCUGCAUGAUGCUAGCAGCUAAAAUCCUCCGGUUCUUCAUAUUCGUCUCUCGAUGGCUGACUGGCCGCGCUUCUGCGCCGGAGAUUGCCCGACUGCGAACCAUCUACGUGGAAUCAUGGGCACGGGUUCGCAGUCUCAGCGUGUCGGGGAAGUUGUUGCUGCCAGUUGCAGACUCAUUCGUCGUGCAGUGGCGUCCUCUCGAGGGACGGCGAGCAUGGCCAGGCAUGAAAAAGACGCAAUACAAGGGCUGGCUGGUCAUCUAA